GGUCUGCCAAGGAACCGUGAAGAGAACGGCCCCGCGAGUGCGCAAGCAAGCACACAGAGCUCAAGGGAACUACGCGAUCCUCUGCUUGAGUACGCCAAUUGAAGCGAGGCCCUUGACCACGACUAUCCACCAUGGGUUCGAGUUCAUCCAAGCCCUUGAACCCGCCUACGCAUGUGUGGAAAGGGCCAUCACAACCAGGAGUUUCACAAAACCUUGUCGAAUCCCUCGAGACCAGCAAUGAGACCGACGUCUCCCGCCUGCAAGCCCAAGAGCUCCAGAUCCAAGAGCGCGUCGCCGCCGAGUUGAAGCGCCUUCGCGCUCAAGAGGCGGAAGCUCUCCGCGAAGCGCAACAGAAGCUUUCCGACGACCAAGACCAGCAGCUCAGCGGGCCGAGCCGACAGGAGGUCUCCAAGGCCAUCGAGGAUUUGCGCGCCAAGCUCGAGGAGAAGAGGAAGGUGCGGCAGGUCCCAGACAGCGUAGAGGGGGCGCGGAACGAUGUGGUGCGGUGCCUGCGCGAGAACGACCGACGGCCGCUUGACUGCUGGCGCGAGGUGGAGGCUUUCAAGGAGGAGGUGAGGAAACUGGAGAAAGGGUGGGUUGACAAGGUCGUCAGCUAGAUUUACCGGGGGCCAACAAUGGCGGAGAUGACGGGAUAUGGCUUAGCCUUUUUUUGGCAGGCCACUGUUGUAUACCACGGUUACUAUGUACGAACGGGGAUUGUGACCUCAGGAGCAUGGAGCAGGUGCCGCUCGAGUAUCAUAGACAAGGCAAGUUAGACGGCAUUGGGGCGAUCUUGACAGGCUUGGUCUUAUCUUUCUUGAGCUGCUCCCGCCGUCUCAAGCCCUCCUGUCUUUUGCGCUCGCGUCUUGCCUGCGCAUCUUCCCAGUCGUCGUCGCCCUUGGGAGGGGCGA